GACCCUUAUCCACCGCCGAGAUUUUCUGAGCGAACCCAUGCCGUUGCCUCAGGCGAACCCAUGUUUAGAACCCACCAAAAAAAAUUCGAGCUUUUCAACUUUGAAUCCUCAGUCGAGCGAUUAUGAUCAGAACGAUUCGGGGUUGGAGAAAUGGCUCCGCUGAUUUUGGAUUCCUAAGGAAUCGGAUUAGGUCAGUACGGGCAUUAAGCUCAGCGGUAAUUGAUAUGGCCGAUAGAGAUGGAGAGUUGAGGGUUUUUGUAGUCGCCGGAGAAGUCUCAGGUGACAACAUUGGUUCCCGUCUCAUGGCUUCUCUCAGGAAGCUCUCUCCUUUCCCCGUUCGUUUUGCUGGUGUCGGCGGGUUCACUUUCUCUUCUUAUAUGUGCAAAAUGUUGUUUCUUUUCAUUGAAUCUAAUUAAAUUCGUCUUAGCUCCAUGAUGUCCAAGCAAGGAUUGAAAUCUUUAUUCCCAAUGGAAGAUAUAUCUGUGAUGGGAAUAUGGGAAUUGUUGCCACAAUUAUAUAAGUUCAGGGUUAAGUUGGAGGAAACAGCUGAGGCUGCAUUAUCAUUCAACCCCCAUGUUAUAGUGACUGUGGAUGCUAAGGGGUUUUCAUUUCGACUGCUUAAGAAGAUAAGAAGGGGUUCUCUUUUAGCUAGAAAUAGUCAGAAGGGAUUUCCUGCUCCUCCUCUGCACUUCCAUUACGUGGCUCCUUCAUUUUGGGCAUGGAAAGGGGGAGAAUCGAGACUACGAGGGUUUUCUGAAUUCGUGGAUCAUGUAUUAUGUAUACUUCCUUUCGAGGAAGAAGUUUGCAGAUUGAAUGGAUUGGCUGCAACAUUUGUUGGACAUCCUGUACUUGAAGAUGCUUUAGAGGCUGCAAAUGAAACAGAAAAUGGAAUAAAGAUGAAAGGAAAUUCUGAAGAAUUUAGAAAUCAAUAUGGCUUAUCUACAGUAGCAACAAUCGUUAGCUUGCUUCCAGGAAGCAGAUUACAGGAGGUAACUCGCAUGCUUCCUAUCUUCUUGAAUACAAUGGAGCUUUUAAAGGAGUCGUGUCCUUCUGAUCUAUUGACUGCAGCAAUUCAUGUGGCACCCAAUAAGCAUGUCGAAAACUACAUUGCCAGUUAUUCACACAAAUUGAAUUUACCCGUCGUUCUGAUUCCAGGCGGAUCAUCAAACAUGAGAUAUGAUGCUUUCAGUGCCAGCAGAAUGGCCUUAUGUACUUCGGGAACAGUAGCAGUGGAGUUGCAGCUAGCACGUGUACCUUGUGUGGUAGCCUAUCGAGCCCAUUUGUUAACCGAAUAUUUGAUACGCUAUAAAGCGAAAGUACAAUACAUAUCUCUUCCCAAUAUUCUUUUGGAUGAACCCGUCCUUCCUGAAGUCCUUUUCCAUGCAUGCACGCCUUCAAAUCUAGCUCCAAUUGUCAGGGAAGUAAUGUACAAUGAGGGUGUGCGGAAUGUUCAAGUUGUCGCGGCUGAAAGAGUUAUGCGGUUGUUGUUAUCUCGACCCGGAGGAAAUGAGAAAUUGACAUCAUUAUCAAAUGAUUAUAAACCUAGUACAAUAGCUGCAUUUACCAUUCUGUACUCUCCCAGGAAAUAAUUAAUCUUCAAAAUUUUGAAUAAGAAAGGCUUCUACUACAUCCAGCAAGUAAGUGUCCUUUCUAUGUGUUGAAUUGAAAUAUUUAAAAUUGUAUGUCUAAACUUCCAUGAGAAAAUCAAUAAUUUUUUUAAUGAAAUAGUAACACUAAUAAUGUCCAUCC